AUGAGAGGAGGACCCGUGACGCCACCCCCCGAACGGAAAGUGGAGGAGAAGAGGAGUCCGGAGCCACAGCGGCGAGUGACGAUCAGCGAUCAAGUGAAAGAGAUCCCUCAGGAGGAAACCCGAGUGGACCCUCCAGACCCGCGAGAAGGAGGUCUGAAGAAAAGCAGGAGGAUGGAAAGGAAGAAGAGGACACCCGGAGACUCGGAAAGGAGACGGAAGAAAGGGGGCGAUACGGAGCCCAACGCCGAAGAGGAGGCCUAUGAGCAGGAGUCCCUCGAGACGGUCGAAGUAGAAGCCUCGAGUCAGGAGAUGGUUGAAACGCUUAAGGGUUGGCUGCGGUCAGAGGAAUGUGGAGGCUUAAGUGUGGCACAGAAUGGGGCCUUGGUUGCCUUAGCCAUCCACCGCAGUGGGACCCCCUUGGGCAAAUACCUUGAGCGUCUGGUGGAACCAGGGUCAGACGUCGGCAAAAGGGAGCUUCGCCAGAGGGGCGUACUACCCCUGCCGCUGUUGCCAGACACAGUCAAGGAGCUCAAAGGCCUUUUCGAGUCAGGGGAGUUCCGAAGGUUGGCAGGAUCAUGGGCAGCCAAGAAGCAGAACAAGGAAAAGGCGGGGAAGGAGAUGCGCCGUAUUGGCCUAUUGUUGUGGCAUGGCCUGGCAGUUUGCUUGGUGAAUUUCCUUUGGUGUGGAGGUGGAAGAAAAGGACCCGUGCACCAAGGGACCGUGACCAAGGCUCAACAGAUGGCGUUGGAUAGGCUGUGGUCAACGGUUAAAAAUUUUGUGGAUGACACCUCGGAGACAAAGGAAAAGAUUCCCCGGUCCCCUGACAUGGGGGAAUGGGGGAAAAAGCUAGGGGAUGUCCGUAUCUCCUAUCAAGGCGAAGUUGUGGAGAAGGCGCAGAGGCUGACACUGGACCAGAUCAUGCCUGGGCUCCCCCCGCCGGGGUACGGAGCUAGUGUACCUCUGGUUGAGUUGUGCGAUGGAGAACUGCGGGAGAAGUUGGAGAACCCCCUUGGGAACAUAUUGCCGGAGGAGGAGAUGCCAGAUGACUUGCCGCGGCCAAAAGUUCAUGCCAGCGCUGAACAAUGGGAAAUGAUUGUGAAGGGACAAUUUUUGGUGAAUGGCUCAUUUGGAGUGGUCAAGCCCGGCAAGUACUUGGAUGAUGAGCGACCAGUUUUGAGACUGAUCAUGGACUUCAGGGGCACCAAUGCCGCGACCAAGAUCCUGACUGGGGAUGUCAAGACGCUGAGCGGCGCUCCCUCCUUGCAACAUGUGGUCUUGCCACAAGGGAGGGUGCUGCGCAUUUCAGCAGAUGAUUUGGUGUCAGCAUUCUACCUAUUUGCCUUGCCAGAGGAAUGGAGUCGGAUGAUGUGUUUUUCGGCACCGGUCGACUGGCGAGUGCUGGGCUUUGACAAACCUGGAAAGGUUCAUGUUGGGGCCACUGUCCUACCGAUGGGCUGGGCAUCAGCGGUAGGUGUGCUCCAACACGCACAUCGCCGACUCGCAUUGAGAAAUCCUCUGAGAGGGGGAGCCGGAUUGCUGGGCAGCUGCGAGAUUCGUCGGGACAGCCAAUUCCCUGACUUGGAAGUGGAGGAGAAGCUAUGGAGCCUAUAUCUCGAUGACACAAGCUUGAUGGAAGUGAUGGAAAAGCGAGUUGCUGAUGAUCUUGAGGGGAAGGCCUCAGAGGAGCAGGAAAGGCUUAGACGGGCGUGCCAGCAUUGGGGGAUCCCUGUCUGCCCGGACAAGUCGUUGGUGCGUGUGGAGAAAGGGGAAAAGCUGGGAGCUGUGCUGGACGGCGAAAAGGGGCUGUUGAAAGGGGCCACACGGAGGGCUCUGGAGAGCAUCUCUUUGGGUAUGUGGAUCCUGCGUCCGGAGAAGGCCCCUCGGAAGAGCCUCCAAGUUUUCCUGGGAAAGGAGGUCCACACGAUGCAGUUUCGCAGGCCGCUGUUCGGAAUCUUUGACUACUUGUGGAAGGAGAUCAGCGAUGGUGAGGUGAUGAUUGACCUGUCCGUCAAGGCUGUUGAAGAAAUUCUGAUGGCAGCCAUGAGCCAGCCGCUCCGAGUCACGGACUUGAGGUCCAGGAUUCAUGAUGUGGUGACAGGAUUGCGUGAAGUCUAUUGCAUUGAAGAAGGGGUUGAUGAGUGCCCGGAUGAGACGAGCUGUCUGGAUGAGCCGCAGGUGAUUCUUGUGUUCGAUUUCUUUGCCGGUCUAGGUGGCUUGUCACGGGCGUUGGAAUUGGCCGAGGUGAAAGUUGAUCGCCUAGUGGUGGUAGAAAAGGACCCAGCUUGCAGAAGGUUGAACUCAGUGCGGUGGCCAGGAUGUGAUAUCUGGUUGGAUAUCGAAAAGGUGACCAAGAAGGAGGUUGAAAGAAUGGUGAGGAGUGUCCCGGGACUGACGGGGGUGAUAGCUGGAGGUGGAUCUCCUUGCCAAGGAUUGUCACGUUUAUCAGCAAACAGAGAACACCUUGCUGAUCCCCGGUCCCAGCUGUUUUACAAGUAUACUGAAGUCUUGGGCUGGAUCGAGGAAAUGGCGGAGGAGAUGCGAGUUUGGUGCCUUCUGAUGUUAGAGAAUGUGGUUGGUGACAAUGAGGACAUUGAGGAGAUGACAGGCACCCUGGGCUCAAAGCCGCUCCUCGUCUGCUCGAGUGGGCUAUCGCGGGUGAGAAGGCCGCGACUGUAUUGGUCAAAUGUGGCGCUGGAGGAUCAUGGGAGCUUCACUCGAGAGCACUUUGGCCUGUAUGAUGCAGUGGUCUUUGAGGAGCACGCGGAGCCCAUUGGUAAGGUGGCCGAUGAGGGAUGGAAGUGGACUGCAGGUGAAGAGGAUGACGAGCUCAGGCUGCCCACUUUCACAAGGGCGAUCCCAAGGAGGAAACCCCCAGUAGAGCCGGCGGGCUUGAAAAGUUGUGAUGAGGCCACGGUCAGGCUCUGGCAGGGGGACAGGAUGAAGUUUCCUCCCUACACCUACCUGCCCCAAUACCUUUUUGAAAAGCAGGAUGGGUCAGGAAGCAAGCGCGUGGCUAGCGUGGGAGAACGAGAAAGGUUGAUGGGAUUUCCCACGGGCUACACCCUGGCGCUUCACAAAAAGGAGCCCCAAAGUGAGCAGGAGAAAAUUGACCAGACGGUGGAGCGAGAGGCCGCGCUGGGCAAUAGCUUUCACACCGUGACAGUGGCCUGCCUGCUGGAUCUUUGGCUCUGGUCCAUGCAGGUUCGCACAGACCCAAUGGGGGCAAAGGCCAUAGUGGAGAAAUGGCAUGAGGCGAUGGACAAGCAACAUUUUGAUGACUUUGGGCUGAUAGAUGUUGAAGGGGUGAAGGCCUCAGAGGAGUUCAAGGAGCUGGUGGAGGAAGAAAAGGUGAUGUGCCUGGAGAAGAACAGCCAGAGGGCCGAAUGGCUCAGGCUGUGCAGCCAUCCGGGAAAGGAUGGAAACCCAAGCCUUUUGGGGGUCCGGCUGGUCCAUCAGUACUUGAGGCGAGCCGAGUUCCGAGGCUCAGAUGUCCGGUUGGACCUGAAUGUGGCCUAUCGACCUGAUGCUAUGGUCCGGACCACCAUUGAUCCCCGAAGGUGGGUCUGGAAAGUAGCGCAAGCCUGGAAAUGGCAGCGGAAAGAGCACAUCAACCUUUUGGAGCUUCGGUGCAUUCUACGGACACUGGAGUGGAGAGCUCGGAGCUCAACCUUUCACUCCUGCAGGUUCCUUCACCUGUCGGACUCGCAGAUUUGCUUGUCCGUGCUAGCCAAAGGACGGUCAUCAUCACGAAAGAUCAACCGGAUCCUCAGACGCAUCUCAGGAAAUAUGCCGAAGCCGAUUAAAUAUAUGGACAGCAAGGCAGAGCGCAAACGGGAGCGUCAGAGAAUUGGCCGGUUGAGUGAUCAAAGGGUGACAAAAGGAACAAAAGAGCGGUAUCAGCACUCUUUGAAAGAAGUGGCUGAGUUUGCCGGUGUUUCAACAGACAGGCUUCUUUCAAUGCCUGGUCUGGAUGGUAUCUUGUCCGACUACAUUGAGACGUUGUGGGAAGACGGAGAUACAAAGUCUGUGGCCAGCUAUGCAUUGGCUGCCUUACAGUUUCACCAGCCUACUUUGAAGGGCCAGCUGCGACAGAGCUGGCGGCUCCUUUCUUUAUGGAAUAAACUGGAGCAGCCUCGCAGAGCGACGCCCCUGGAUCCUAAGCUUCUCCUAGGCUUUGCCGGAGUUUUCCUCCGUUGGCAAUGGGAUGAUUUGGCCCACUUAGUCGUCGUGGGUUUUUGUGGCCUGCUUAGAACGGGGGAGAUGUUCCAGCUACGUCGCCAGGAUGUGGUGCUGCCGAGGUAUGGCCAUCAGUCGGCAAUUCUGUUUUUGCAUGACACCAAAACAGCACAACGAAACCUCCUGACACAGGAGAAGGUUCUCAUCACUGAAGAGAUGGGAAUCUAUAGCCUCAGAUAUUUGUGUAAAGGGAAAGAGCCUGGUGAUCUCUUAGUUGAGACCACAGCCCCUCGGUUUCGCACCUUGUGGAAGGAGGUGGUUCAGGCGCUUAAGUUGGAAGGGCUCAAUUAUUUGCCCUACUCUUUGAGGAGAGGCGCUGCAACAAGCGCUUACCGUGAAGGCAUGGGCUUUGAUCAGCUUCUUGCCAAAGGCAGGUGGCAACAUAUUGCUACAGCGCGCCUCUACCUCGACCAGUCUUUGCAGGAACUCGCUGCCCUCACCAUUCCCAUGGCUGCUGAACCUUUAAUUCGCGCAGCCCGAACUUUCUUUCUGGCUGCCAAGUCAGGGACGCGUGGAGGGGGUGGCUGA